CUUCAUUCUUCCAGCAUCACAUCAGACAAAAUGAAAGUCCCCGACUACGCCUACAACAAAACCGCUGACCUCCUCUCCAUCAAAACAUGGCAAUACCUCGCCAUCAGCACCGGCAACCUCUCCGCCAUUUUCCUCCACCUCAGCUUCGUCCUCCCCGGGAACCUCCCACCCACCAAACCCUGGUGGACAGCCGAGCGCUACCAAGAGCACUACAGCGCACACAUCAAAGGCACCCAAGUAGGCGCCAUCUUCAUGAUGCUCGGCGGCGGCCUCUACCUUCCCUACAGCGCCGCCAUCACCAAACGCAUGCGUCUCAUCCCCGCCCUCGAUCCCAUUCUCCCCGACCUAGUUCUCGUCUGCGGCGCCGCCGCCUUCUCCGCCUUCAUGCUCGCCGGCACGUUCCUGUCUGUGCUCACCUUCCGGGACUACGGCGCGGAGAUAACCCGCAUGCUCAACGAUCUAUACUGGAUGGCGGCGUUCCUACCCUGGCCGGCCUUCUGGGUGAAUCUCAUCACGCCGUUGGGGUUGGCUUUUGCGACGGGUAUUCAUAUUCAGAAGGAGGGGCCUAUGGCGUGGAAUGGGGCGUUGUCGUAUUGGGUGGGUUUGGCGAUGUAUGGGAUUCAGGUUUCGUAUGAUUGUUUGGUUAUGAUGAAUGCGGUUCGGAGGGAGGGGACGUUCUAA